GCCUAGAGGAGACAGCAGGAUGGGCAGUGUGUGCCUGUGCUGAGGAUGGAGAAAAGAGUGUGUGUAAUCCAGACUGACUUUCACCAGUACAGACCCUUAACUGGAAUCCACAGUAAACAUCUGGCACAGAAUCCUCUGGAUAAAGUGGGAGAAGACACCACCUCACUCAGAAGGAGACGUUACAUGGUGUGAGGUGGAGUAGCAGUGAGCUAACUUCAACAUCAAGAAAAUAAAACAGGGAGCAGUGAGCACUGAGAGAAGAAGCCAAGUGAACCUGUACAUAAAGGUGUGUAGAGUUCCAGUUUGAGGAGCAUUUGGCAGUUGGAACCACUGUAUCUGGGACAUGGAGGCUGUUUGUCAGAACCAGACUGAAGGUUUUUCUGUAAAUUGCCGGAGGUGCCUUUUGCUGUCCGAAGAUUCGGAAGAAGCCUGUGAGACACAGGUAGAGCCAGAACAAGAGGAACUGGAUUGGGAUAAUUUUAGUACAUCCAUACAACAUCGGCAGGAGCAGGAGGCACUGCAGCAGGCCGAGCAGCGCUGUGUACAGUUGGUCCAGGCCAGACGUGAGCUGGAGGUUCAGGUGGCUCAGCUUGAAUUGCGUGUAGAGCAGGAGGAAGACGCUAACGCACAACUCGCCUCACAGCGUCACACACUCCAGGCUGAGUGCCGUAGCCUUCAUCAAGACCUAGAAGAGCUGGAGAGUGCGCUCAGUGCAGUUGAGAAAGACAAACAGAAAACCAUUGAAGACCUACAGUUUGAGGGGGAGAAGGUGAACCUUCUGACUACAGAGAAAGUGAAGUUGCAGGUACACAUCGAGGAGUUGGAGUACCAGCUGGAACAGGAGAGGAAGCAGCGCACUGAGCUGGAAAGGAACAGGAGGAAGUUAGAGGGAGACAGUAAGAACACCAUGGAGAACCUCAGUGACCUGGGCAAGAUGAGGGUCAACCUAGAGGAGCUCAUCAAAAAGAGAGAUGUGGAGAUUAUUGACACCAGCAGUCGACUGGAGGCCGAGGAGGCACUGAGUGCAGGGCUCCAGAAGAAGAAUAAGGAGUUGCAGGUCCGCAUCGAGGAACUGGAGGAAGAGCUGGAGGCAGAGCGAGCCAUGAAAGUGAAGGUGGAGAAGCAGCGUGCAGACCUGACCCGAGAACUGGAUGAUCUGACAGACCGGCUGGAGGAGGCAGGAGGAGUCACAGCCUCUCAGAUGGAGAUGAAUAAGAAGCGUGAGGUGGAGCUGCAGAGGCUGAGGCGUGAGCUGGAGGAGUCUUCGGCUCAGGCUGAAACGAUGGCGUUGGCUCUGAGGAAGAGGCACGGAGACGCACUGGCUGAGAUGAGCGAGCAUUGUGAGGGUUUGCAGAGGACUCGUGCCAAACUAGAGAAGGAGAAGCAGAACCUGCUGCUGGAGGUGGACGAUCUGGCAGCUUCAUUGGACUCCAUGCAGAAAGCCAAGGCAUCCACCGACAUGCAGUUGAAGAAACUGGAGGACUUGCUGUCCGAAGCCAGUUUGAGGAAUGAAGACCUGCAGAAAGCUCUCACUGAGGUCACUGUGGCCAAGAACAGACUAAUAGCUGACAAUAAUGAGCUGAGCAGGCAGGCGGAGGAGAUGGAGACAAAACUCAGCCAGACGAGCCGCACUAAAAGCCUGCUGAUGGUACAGCAAGAGGAUCUCAAGAAACAGUACGAUGAAGAGGUCAAGAGUAAAUUGGCACUGAGCAGCAGUUUGGCAGCAGUGCGACAAGAGUGUGAGUCGCUGAAGGAGCAGCUGGAGGAGGAACAAGAGAGCAAACUGGAGCUGCAGCGCCUUGUCUCCAAGCUCAACAGCGACGUCACUCACUGGAGGAGCCGCCAUGAGGCCGACUCUAUCCAGCACAGUGAUGAACUAGAGGAGGCCAAGAAAAAGUUGCAGGUUCGGCUUCAGGAGGCUGAAGAAGCUGCAGAGGCAACACAGGCCAAGUGCUCCAGCCUAGAAAAAACCAAACAAAGGCUGCAGGCGGAGGUGGAGGAGCUCUGUUUGGACCUGGAAAAGGCCAACAAUGCUGCUGCGGUGAUGGAUAAGAAGCAGCGAAUGCUUGAUAAGCAGCUGGGAGACUGGAGGCAGAAGUGUGAGGAGCUGCUAGCCGAGGUGGAAAGCUGUCAGAAAGAGAGCAGACAGCAUGCCGCCGAGCUCUUCAAGCUCAAAACAGCCUACGAGGAAUCUGUGGAGCAAAGCGAGGCUCUACGCAGGGAAAACAAAGCCUUCCAAGAGGAAAUUGCUGAUCUUACUGACCAACUUUCGGAUGGGGGAAAGAGCGUUCAUGAGCUCCAGAAAAUGAAAAAGAAGAUUGAGAUGGAAAAAGAAGAACUGCAGGCUUCACUGGAGGAGUCUGAGGCAGCAUUAGAGGCUGAGGAGACUAAAGUACUUCGGUUGCAACUGGAGCUUUCUCAAGCCAAAGCAGACACUGACCGCAGGCUGCAGGAGAAGGAGGAGGAGAUGGAGGCUACUAGAAAAAUCCACCAGAGGGCGCUAGAGUCUGUUCAAGCCAGUUUGGAUGUGGAGGUGAAGGGAAGGACAGAGGCGGCGCGUGUGAAAAAGAAGAUGGAAGGUGAUAUAAAUGAGCUGGAGUUACAGGUGGACCUGCUCAAUAAGAACAACGCAGAGCUGAUGAAAAGUGUCAAAAAGAUGCAACAACAGAUCAAGGACCUGCAGGUUCAGCUGGAAGACGAAGCACGGUUGCAGGAGGAGCUGAGAGAGGAACAGGCUCUGCUGGAGCGUCGCUGCUCUCUGCUGGUCACCGAGGGAGAAGAGAGCCGCACCGGACUCGAGGCGGCAGAGCGAGCUCGCAAAACCCUGGAGACUGAGCUCCAAGAGGCCAGGGAGAAAUACAACGACAUCAACAACCAGUUACAGUCAGCCUGCAGCGGGAAGCGGAAACUGGAGGUGGAUCUUCAGCAGGUCACCCAGGAGCAUGAGGAGCUGCAGAAUGAACUGAGAGGAGCUAAUGAUAAGAUCAAGAAAGCUCUAUGUGAGACUGCACGAGUGGCUGAGGAGCUUCGUGUGGAGCAGGAGCACAGCAUGCAUUUGGAGCGUGUGAAGAAGGGCUUGGAGGCUCAGCUCAAAGACAUGACCAUCAGACUGGAUGAGGCUGAGCAGCUGGCCAUGAAAGGAGGAAAAAAGAUUAUUCAGAAGCUGGAAGGCAGGGUAAAGGAGUUAGAGCUGGAUUUGGAAACAGAGCAGAAGAAGUGUGCAGAGACGGUGAAGACGCUGAGGAAGAAUGAACGGCGCCUCAAGGAACUCCUCUUCCAGUCUGAGGAGGACCAGAAGAACCAGCAAAGAAUGCAGGAGCUGCUGGAACGCCUGCAGAUCAAAAUGAAAACCUAUAAGAGACAAGUGGAGGAGGCGGAGGAGCAGGCCAACACAAACCUGGCCAAGUACAGAAAGACCGUACACGAGCUGGACGACGCAGAGGAGAGAGCCGACAUUGCCGAAUCUGCUCUCACUAAAAUCAGGACCAAGAAUAGAGGCAGCUUUGGCAAGGGCUACUCAUCAGGUUACAGCACUCCUUAUGCAGGGGUGGUACGAUCCCCCAGCUCUGUGGGCUCAGAAGGCAGAGGCGAGAAGAUCCUCACUGAUGAUGAUGAAUCAGUCAGUUCUCUCAUCCCAACUUAUCUCAAUUCCCUGAAAAAACUGAUGAUUGACUAAGCCUUUUGCUGGUCACACCUUUAUAUUCUCAGUAUUAUCCUUUUUUUUGUUUUUGUUUUUUUUACUUAAAAUACAGUGUAGGCUGUAAAUAUCUGGUCAGUGACAAUUUAGUUGUUUUGGCUGAGAACUCCUGCACACUGGAUCUGAAAUAAAUCACCACACGUGAGCCUUAAAUAAAAACAAACUCCAUCUUAUUAAUUGUCUGAAUCGUAUAGGAAUCAUUUGGCCAGCUGUGUAUUGUUGCACUAUUAGUUCAUACACAGAAUAGCUAACCAGAUGUGGAGUAGGUGUUUACUUUUAUAGUCAUUUCUCAUUGUUUAUAUAUAUAUUUUUUAAAGAAGAACAUAAGAAGAGGACCAAAGAAACAGGACAUCAUACAUCUGAUAUCUAUCAGAAACAAAGCCAAAGCAACAAUAUUGCAUGACUGUUCAAUUAUUUGACUGUUUUUUGCCAAAACGUCAUUCUGAAAUGCCAACAAGUUCAUUUUGCAAAUACAAUAUAUAUUUGAUUAGUCUGAUUAUACCCACUGAGUAUUUAAAGAUAUAUAACUGUACGCUGCUGUGUAAAAGUUUGGGAUCACUCGGGCAUUUCAGUUUUCUAAAGAAAAACACAUUUGAUCUAUUUCUAAAACAUAAAAGGAAUGAGAUCAAUUUUAAAGAUAGAUCAUUGUUUCAAAGAGGAUCCAUAUCAGUAACCAUCAGUCCUCUGUUUCAGUCUCAUGUUACGUUUGCUAAUCCAUGUUAAUCGUCUCUAAGGCUAAACGAUUAUAACACGAUCAUUUUGUAACCGAAUGGGUUGUAAACACCUUCUUUAGGUUUAGUUCCGUUUUAGUUCAUCAGGUGUUGUGGGUUUGUUAUCAGGAAAUAAAGAACUUUCUAUCUUUUUAUGAUACGAAGUUAUCUUACCUUACUGUGAAUUUCUCUCUUCAAAGAACAGCACAAAAUAACUCUACCUAAAAAAGACGAGGGGAUUUCUAAGUGAUCCCAAACUUUUGAACAGAAGUGUAGGUUUACUUACAUUCCAGUUUUUGCAAGUGUGCAAGUUUCUGAAAACGUAAUGUUUGGAAAUAAAUGGAUUACUAAGUGAUUUUUUUUUUCAGACACGAUUCACUGUAUUAAUAAGACUGUAUUGUAAUCCCUUAUAAAUGUCAAUUUUUUAACAAUAAAAUUAGAAAUAAAAAUA